AUGAAGAGCCAGUCUAUGCUCCUUACAGCCCUGGCCUCUGCGCCUGCUGUUCUCGCUCACACCGCUUUCACGAAUUUCUACGUGGACGGCAUUGCCCAGGGCGAUGGUGUUGCCAUGCGCAUGAGCACCAAUGUCGACCACUCUACUGCUCCCAUCUCCAGUCUUGGCAGCGAUGACAUGGCUUGCAAUGUCGGUGGCUCAAAAGGUGUCUCUCGCGUACAGUCUGUCUCAGACGGCGCAACCCUCUCUUUCGAGAUCCGUGCAUGGCCGGCGGAUCCUUCCAGAGAGCGCCUCGACCGUGGACACAAAGGUCCCUGCGCUGUCUACCUGAAGAAGGUCUCAUCUGCCAUCGAGGACACAGCUGCUGGUGAUGGAUGGUUCAAAAUCUUCGAACACGGCUACGAUGCUUCGACUGAGCGCUGGUGCACAGACGAGGUCAUUGAUAACAACGGCCUCCUCAACGUCAAGCUUCCCGCGAGCCUGGAGGGUGGUAACUACCUCGCUCGUCCCGAGAUCCUAGCUCUGCACGCUGCGAAAGACAACGACCCGCAGUUUUACACUGGAUGUGCCCAGAUCUUCCUUGAGAGCGAUGGCAACCUCGUCCCCGAGUCAACCGUCUCCAUCCCCGGAUACGUAGACUACGGCCAGCCCAGCACAAUCUUCGACAUCUACAACAAAGAUGCCUCCACCUACGAGAUGCCCGGCCCCAAGGUCGCAAAGCUCACACCCAACCCCGCCGUCACUGCCUCGUCAGGCCAGACUGCCCAGACUGAAGGCCAGAAGCCUGCUGGCUGUCUCGCCGAGAACGCCAACUGGUGCGGAAAGGAGGUAUCAGACUACACCACCGAGAAGGGUUGCUGGGCGUCCGCCGAGGAGUGCUGGCAGCAGUCCGAGAAGUGCUUUGACGAGGCUCCCAUCACCGGCAACGCGGGCUGCAAGCUUUGGCAGACCAAGUGCCAGGGCAUCAAUGACCAGUGCGACGCCAGCAACUUCCAAGGCCCUCCCAACAAGGGCAAGGUCCUGGUGCAAGAGAAGAAGAAGAUCGACGUCGGUGCUGUCCUGGCUGGCGGCAUCGACUCUUCUGAUGUUGACACCACCCCCAAGCCCUCCAAGAAGAGCUCUGCGGCCCCCGCAAAGCCCACCACCACCGACUACUCGUCGCCCGACAUCGUCGACUCCGAAGCCACCCCCAGCUACGCCGCUCCCAGCGAGUCCGAGAAGCCCGAGGCCACCCCUACCGCCGCAGCUUCUUCCGAGGCCGCGCCCGCCCCGACCCCAGCUCCCGAGGCUCCCAGGCCUGAGGGCAGUUGCAAGGAGGGCUACGUCUGUGUUACCGUCACCGACGUGCAGGUCGUCACGCAGUACGUCUACGCCACUGCCGACUACAACCAGCACGCAAGGCGCCACGCCGGUGCCCACGUGCGCCGUCGCCUUGCGCGCCACUAG